AUGCAGGAAGGUGUGGCAACGGACAGUGUAGCGCUGGAGGCGAUCGAAAAGCUAGGUCCACGGGAGAAAUGGCGCAUUGUGAAGAAUAUUGCCGUACUCGGGAUCGCGUUCAUGAUCCACUUUACGGCGUUCCAUGGAACGUCGAAUCUGCAGAGCUCGCUGCACAGUGAUGGGUCGUUGGGGGCGUACACGCUCGCCUGUAUCUAUGGGUCGCUAAUUGUGUCCAACCUGUUUCUACCGGUGUUGGUGAUAAGGCUACUGGGAUGCAAGUGGACGAUCGUGGUGUCCUUCGUUGCCUACAUGCCGUACAUUGCGGCCCAGUUUUAUCCCUCAUUUGGCACACUCAUACCCAGCGGUUUGGCCGUAGGGUUCGGCGGUGGUCCACUCUGGUGUGCCAAGUGUACCUACCUUUCGAUCAUAGCGGAAGCCUUUAGUAUUGCCACCCGACGGAAAGUUCGCACCGACUACUUGAUCGUGAAGUUUUUCAGUCUGUUUUUCGUGUUCUACCAGCUAGCACAAGUACUGGGUAAUCUGAUAUCAUUCACCGUGCUUUCCUACGGGGAGGCUGACUCGUUGGUGAAUGGAACGAUUGAAUCGAGCGUUAAUAUAUCGGUCACCUGUGGGGCAAACUAUGCUGCACCGAUUCACCAAGAGGCGCAGAGUGCAAUCGACCUGAAACGGCCCGAACCGGAGCAGGUGAACCGGCUGACCGGUAUCUUCCUGGCGUGCAUGGUGGCGGCUUCUAUUUCGGUCGCUUUAGGGGUUGAUUCCCUUAAAAGGUACAAUAUGGUUCGCAAAAGUCCCAGAAAUAAUGUGUCCGGUAUGAACACACUCGUCAUCACCUUGCGGCAGCUUAGUCACAAGUAUCAGUUACUACUUUUGCCCAUUGUGUCGUUCAUCGGCAUAGAACAAGCGUUUAUCACGGCCGACUUUACGAAGUCGUUUGUCGCCUGUGGGCUCGGCAUCAGUUACAUCGGUUACGCGAUGAUAAGCUUCGGGCUGGCGAAUACGGUCGCUGCCGCCUGUACACCGUACGUCACGAAGCAUCUGGGCCGACGGCUGCUAAUUCUAGUGACGUACGUCUUUCAUGCAGCCCUAAUCGUCUUCAUGCUCCUCUGGACACCGACGGACGAGUACUACAAGUAUUCCAUAAUCGUCGCCUGUUGGGGUUUGGCCGACGGGGUCUGGUUGAUUCAAAUUAAUUCUCUGAGCGGUAUUUUGUUCCCGGGAAAUGAAGAGGCUGCGUUCAGCAAUUUCCGUUUAUGGGAAGCGUGCGGUUCGGUCAUAAUGUACUCAGCCAGCUCAUUUUUCCCGACCUUCCACAAGCUGCUGUUUGUGCUGGGAAUGAUGACUGUUGGCGCAAUGGGGUAUGGUAUGAUAGAGCUUAUGGAGUAUCGAGCGAAGCGUAUCGAUUCGGAAAAGAACUUUGAAGUCGUUAGUCAAGAACCGCAAGACAGUUGAAAUUGUGAAACAGUAUUAAA